GUGGAAGCCGCCAUAUAUUAAAACCCUCUUUCUCUGCUUCUUUUUCAUUUUUCUUCUUUCUCAAGCUUCUUCCCUCUCCCAACCGAACCAAACCAAAUCACCCUUACAUUCAACUCCUUCUUCCGGCGUUCAGGGGGUCGCAUCGCCGGCGAUUCCCUCCCUUCCCCACCUCUCCACUCUUCAAUUCGACUUUUCCGCUUUCGUCUCACUGAUUCCUUCUUUCAAAAUGCAUCUUAUCGCUUGCUAGGGUUUCCCCACUCCCCAACCUCCCUCCCCGACACCACACUGUACCUUUUCUUCCUCCGACUAUUCAAUUUCGUUGUUAUGGCAAUUCGUGUAACCUUUUCCUUCUCCGGCUAUGUCGCCCAAAAUCUCGUUUCCUCCGCCGGCGUCCGGGUCGCCAAUUCUCGUUGCGUCCAAGAAUGCUGGAUCCGCUCUCGCAUCUUCGGAAUUAACCAGAAACACGACUUAGAUUCCUCCGCCGGCGGAGUCCGCAGUUUCCAUUCCGAUCUCAGAAAGCCCAAGCCCAAUUGCUGGCCCAACACCUCUGCUUGCGCCUACUCCACCCUCACCGGAGAUAUUAUCGGCGACGGCUGCAAGAACCCGAUCAUCUUGGGCUUGAUUUCGUUGAUGAAGUCAACGGUUGGCGUUUCUGGGUCAUCCGCGGCGGCUAUGGGUAUUUUGGGUAUUUCGCCCUUCAAAACAACUUCCAUCAUGCCCUUUUUGCAGGGUUCGAAGUGGCUUCCUUGCAACGAGUCCAUUCCUGACCCUACCACGUGGGAGGUGGACAAAGGAGGCACGCGCCGCGUUGUUGCGAGUGUGGAACCGAAUUUCAACCCCAAUGAUUUUGAGAAGACUAGUUGGCUUUCGCGGUUGAUGAACGUUUGUUCCGAAGAUGCGAAAGCUGCGUUCACCGCUGUUACCGUUAGUUUGCUAUUCAAGUCUUUCUUGGCUGAACCUAGAUCCAUUCCCUCUGCUUCUAUGUACCCUACUCUUGAAGUGGGUGACCGUGUUCUAACGGAGAAGGUUUCUUUCUUCUUUAGAAAGCCUGAUGUUUCUGAUAUUGUGAUUUUUAAAGCGCCUCCUAGUUUGCAGGAAUUUGGUUUUAGUUCAUCUGAUGUUUUUAUUAAAAGGAUUGUAGCUAAGGCUGGGGACACUGUUGAAGUUCGUGGUGGGAAACUACUAGUGAAUGGUGCUGGUGAAGAAGAGGAAUUUGUUUUAGAGCCUCUUGCAUAUGAGAUGGAUCCAGUGGUUGUGCCCGAAGGAUAUGUUUUUGUAAUGGGAGACAAUCGUAAUAACAGCUUUGAUUCUCAUAACUGGGGUCCCCUCCCAAUUGAGAACAUUGUUGGUAGAUCCAUGUUUCGGUACUGGCCUCCAUCCAAGGUAUCUGACAUUGAUACCCCUCGUAAACUCCCAUCUGGAAACAGUCCUGUGGCAAUUUCUUGACAUGAUUCCCACUGCUUCGCGAUGAAGGGUUUGAGAUAUUUUCAUACGUUCUAAAUCGAUGGCUUCUCUCAUUUUGGCCCGGGAGAGUUGAUAUUCAACGAUUCUCCAAGAAGAGCCAGCUUAUCUUGAAUACAGUUUGGGAUGAAUAUCUUAUUCAUUGAUGCGCAUUUGUCAAUGACCUAAUAAUACAUUCAUUAUGCGUUCUUUAAUGCUUUCCUGAGAUGUAUUCUCUUGCCAAAGUUCGGG